AUGUCGACUCGUGUGGCAGGCUGGAAGGGGCUGACCCUACCGCAAAAGCUGAUCUACAGCAGCGCGGUGGUCAACUUGGGGGUGCUGAGCUUUGUUUGGGUCAAGCGCCAGAUGAAGAUGUCAGACAAGGAGCAGAAAGAAGUGGAGGAAAUGCAGGCUACCAUGGCCGAGAUCGCCACUGAAAGCUGGAGCGAAAACAGCCGAUAUAGGUGCUUCUUUGCGGCACAGCAGUACUACCUGUUGAACGCCAACGGCCCGGAGGAGGAGACCGGAGGGGGGGCACAAAAGCUCCUCGACGUGAUGGCGCAGUGCCGCGAGGACAUCUACAAGAAGAUCCCGAAGGACACGCCGGCAUCGCGGCCACCUGCCAUGGCUUCUCAAUGA